AUGAGCGACCUCAAGUUCUCCAUCGCUCAUCUCAUUGGGGAUCAGGCUACAGGUAGGUAUCAUUUGGAGUUAAUAGAGGCUACAGGUAGGUAUUUCUGAAGACUGACAGAGGGUACUCGGUAAGCGGCAGUGUUCUAUCUGAAGAUAGCCUUGAGUUAGCUCGUUAUUUAAAUAUGUUAUAGGUAAAAUUUGAGAUACAACAUCUAGGUAAUAAUAUUGUAAAUUUUUAAAAUCAUAAUAGUUAAAAGUAAUUUAUAGGUAAAAAUUAAUCAAGUAUUUUAAAAUUUUUAAAAAUUAAGAACAAUUUUAAACAUAUUUUUGACCAAAAUGUAAUGUAAGGUAAUGGUUGUUAUUAAUGACAGUAUUAAAUUACUUUUUAAAUACUAAUUACCGUGUCAUAACAAAAAUAUAUUAUUGGUGAAGCCGUCUGCCGUGAAAUACCUUGUUGUAGUCACUACAGUUUUGUAUUCUGAAAGCUAUGACAAAAACAAGCUUUUGCGUGUUGUUCAUUGAAGGAAAAAACAUUAUUUUUAACAAAAAAUAUGGUACUUUUGACAAUUAGUGAAUUAAUAUUUAAAAAUAGACAAAUUUAAAAUUAUUUAGAAGAUUUGCCAAAUGACUUGAAGAAGGUGAAAGUAAAAUUAGAAAGUUCUUCCCUGUGGCGACGAUUCCAUUCUUUGGGCACAGAAAUGAUUGUGACAAAGUCAGGCAGACGUAUGUUUCCGACCCUACAAUUGUCACUUAAAGGGCUCAAUCCAGAAGCGCAAUACUCUAUAAUGGUAGACUUUAACUGUAUCGACAGUAUGAGAUACAGGUACUCGUUCCAUCAGUCGAAAUGGAUUGUCGCUGGACCCGGUAAGACAUUUAAAGGCCAUUUUAUGUCAUUCUGUUUAGAGACAUAAAUAUAAACAAAUUUUGAAAUUGUGAUGUUAAUGUAAUUAAAAAAGAAUAAAUUAACAGGAGACGCACUAUUACCAUGCCGAGUACAUAUCCAUGCUGACAGUCCGAACAAAGGAAAACAUUGGAUGAAACAGACUGUAGGGUUCGACCGAAUAAAGUUGACCAACAAUCAGAUGGAUCAGAAUGGACAUGUAAGCACUGUUGUUUCACUGAAUUUUUGUAAAUUCAGCGUAGUUUGUCUAGUUUAUUGUAUUCCUUACUGGUAUAACUACAAAGGUUAAAAAAGUCUAUAAAAAUGUUUUUACAGGUUAUUGUAAAUUCAAUGCACCGCUAUCAGCCGAGGAUACAUGUGGUGUUACAUGAACCAGACCAAAGUGACCAACAAAAAACUUUUAUUUUUCCAGAAACACAAUUUAUGGCCGUUACAGCUUACCAAAACCACAGGGUAAGCUGAUAAAUUAUUGUUUAAAGGAAACUUUCCGCUUGCGCCCGACACCUAACUUACGUUCGCAGUUUGCAGCAAGCUAAGAAAAUUUAAAUUUAAGGGACCACGAAAUCUCCUCGCAAAACGUUGGCGUGCUGUGUCAAAAAUCAGGCAAUUUUAAUAUUCCUUUUUUGCAAGAAACAUUAGCAGGUCCAAAAUUGGUAAAUUCAUUGGAAAAUGUUUUUUGACAGAACGCCAGUUUUUUGCAAGGAGGUUUCGAAAUUCUGUAAAAAAUCGUAAUUUAUGAUUAACAAAAAAGGUACUCAACCUGCCCCGCCCAGAAUCAGCUCAAAAUUUUUAUAUGAAUUCAUGUAGCACCAAUGGUACCCGUCAAAAAUUUUAGCUCGCGCUUUUGAAUUUUAAAUUUUAUAUUCAUAUUUGCGUUUCCUGUCAAUAUGGAAAAUUUGGCAUUGUGCUCCAAGCAAAUUUUUCGACUUUACGGAAAAGCUACGAUUACAACUUUAAAAUUAUAGGUUUAUUUACAAGUUUUUAACUAGUAUAUCAAAGAAAAACGAUUAAAAGCCAAAAAUAGCAAAGUUAUAAGCUUGAAACACAAUGGCAAGUUGGCGGAAAAUUCAAAACGCAAUUUUUUGAUCUUGGUUUUCUGGAGAUUUCCUGAAAAGCGUGAUUACCUUGCUGAAUAUCUUAUAUUUACAUGAUCUUUCUGCAUAAAAAUUUUGAAGUUAAUCAAAUCUGGGCAGGUCGAACGCUUUCCUUGUAAAUAUAUAUAAAUUUCAAAAACCAAAGCUUACUAUUUAAAAAUGCUUUUAGAUAACAGAGCUCAAGAUCGAAUGCAAUCCCUUUGCCAAGGGCUUCCGAGAGUGUGAGAUGGAUCAGAUGCGACUUCUCACGGCAGCUCACUCUCGACUUCAGCUACCAUACGAUCAGCUUUAUCCUCUGAUCUUUGGCAGGUUUACACUGCCUUGA